AUGGGGGGCUCCCGGCCCUUCCGGCCGCGCUGCUCCUGCCGGGACUCGCAUCCGCGCCGGGAAAGUUACUCACCGACUUCGUCACGCGCCGCGGAGGGCGUGGGGCCGCGGGCGACACCCCGACGGCCGGGACCCCUCGGGCCGGG